AUGGUCACCGGUUCUUCUUCCGCCAAUUCUGGCGAUGGCGCGUUCACAACACUGUCCGAGAGAGUCACAUUCGAGAAGGAAAUCAAGAAAAGCAAAUUCAUCGCGGUUGCAGGUUCUGUAUCUGACGAGCGCGCCGCCUUUGCUUUCCUGUCCGAGGUUCGUCAACCUCGUGCCACUCACAAUUGCUGGGCUUACAAGGUCGGUGCUCAAUUUCGUAGUAAUGAUGAUGGUGAACCAUCGGGUACAGCUGGCAAGCCAAUACUAUCUGCUAUUGAAGCUUCAGGGAUAGAUAGAGUUAUAGUUGUUGUCAUCAGGUAUUUUGGCGGUAUCAAACUUGGAACUGGAGGAUUAGUUAGAGCGUAUGGAGGUGUAGCUGCAGAAUGUUUAAGAAAUGCCCCAACCUGUGUUGUAAAAUCCAAAGUUCCUAUGGGCUUGGAGGUUCCUUUUGAUCUUUUGGGAGUCCUAUAUCAUCAAGAAUAUAUGGCCCCGAGUGAUAUUGCAACAUCAAGACGGUCUGGAAACGACGCGAGAAAAUUCUGGAUACGAUGA